AAAUAAAGUCUCGACCCUUCCCCCUUUUUACUUAUGAUACCAAUUAGCUGCGGCUCUUCACCAUUCAAUGUCCAGCCACCGAGAUGCCUUAUGACGGCAUUACCCCGCUGCUUGUAAAAGAAUGUCCGGGAACUCGCGGUGAAGGACCCAUGAACAGUCCAGAAUAUUACGAUAUGUGGACUAAUAUCGAUACCUCCCUCGAUAUGCCUAGAUAGGCAGAGAUCUGACUGCCUUUUUACUACGAUGUUCGACGGGGCGACACGAGCUGACGAUAGGAUACCUCCAAUGACAAUUCAACAAUGACCCGGGAAUACUGCCCGGUCAGCAUGUAAUGCCAUGUAAAUGGCCGCAUGUAAUGCUACCAUGAUCAACCUUCCCUAGUUGGAUAUCGUUUGCGUUGCUUUUUGCCCUUUCCGGCCAUUUGUUUUUGUGAUUUAGUGGCAUUCGGGCACGCAAUGCUGAUUCCAAUGCUGGUGUGCUGGUGCUCUUCAGGGUCCAUUGUCUACUAUGUAGCUACUGCGUCAGCAUCCGAAAAUCCGGGUCCUCUCGUCGCUUCAAAAUAGAUAAUUAUUAGCCUUUAGCUCCUUGGCUCUUUGCUUCCAAAAAUUGGCAUUGGAAUUGGCAUUUGUCUAUUCCACCCAAAGUUAUGAAGCUGCGUUGGUUGUCAAUCGGCCUUCUGGCCGCCCUAUCUCGGGAUGCCGAUGCUAUGCAGGUUGGAAGACGGGACACUCCUCGAGAUCAGCUUCAAUACGAUGCUCACUAUUUCACCCAAAAAGUCAACCACUUCCCAAAUGAUCCGCAGUUCACCAAGUCACCACUCAGCAAUGGCACUUUCACGCAGCGAUAUUACUUCGACACUACCUACUAUAAGCCCGGUGGGCCAGUGUAUCUUUACAUUUCAGGAGAGACGAGCGGACCCAGCAGGUUUUCCAAUUUGCAGACGGGCAUUAUCCAGAUUUUGAUGCAAGCUACAAAUGGUCUAGGUGUUAUCCUCGAGAAUCGCUAUUACGGAGAAUCUUACCCCUUCAACACUAGCACCGUAGACGAAUUGCUGUUUCUCACGACAAAUCAAACUAUAGCUGACAAUGCUUACUUUGCUCAACACGCCGUAUUCCCCGGAGUUGAUGGUGACCUUACCGCUCCCGGAACUCCGUGGAUCCUUUACGGAGGUAGCUUAGCAGGCGCUCAGACUGCUCUGUCGAUCAAGGUGCAUGGAGAUGUUCUCUACGGCGGCAUCGCUUCCUCAGCCCCUAUCAAGGUAUCUGUGGGCUAUUCCGAAUGGUAUAAUCCGAUUCAGAAAUAUGCACCCCAGGAUUGUGUAACGAGAAUCAACAACAUCGUCGACAAAUUUGACUCACUUAUCGCGAAGAAUAAUACUAAGGCGAUCAAUGAAUUCAAGGCUCUGUUUGGGUUUGAGAGUCUGACCGACAAUAGAGACUUUGCAACUGCCAUCGCAGACCCAAUUGGAAAUCCAGGAUUCUAUCUCUCAAGUACAUGGCAAGAACUGAAUUGGAAUUCUACAUAUGGCUCAAGAGAUUUCUUCUAUUUCUGCGGAAAUGUUUCUGACAUUGAUGCUCCUGAGGAAAUUACCAAGGUGGACUACGCGAUGGCGAAUUAUACUGACGGCGAACCUUGGAUUGGCCUCGGUGGCUAUGCCAAUUAUGUGAAGACCUACACACGCCCGUUGUGUGCCUCAGGGGACUAUAACGCCAAUGGAUGUUGGGGAACUCAAAACGCUUCGGCCUGGGCUGAUAUAGAGAACACUUCUACACGCUCAUACCUGUACACAAGUUGUGUAGAACAGGGUGCGUAUAUCGAUGCGCCAAAAGAAGGACCGGCCUUGUUGUCUCGUGUUGUUGAUACAACUUACGAGCAGCAGUGGUGCACUUGGGCAUUCCCCCCUGGGAAAUAUAACUCGAUUCCUUCUACGCCAGAUAUAGAUGCAUACAACAACUUCGGCGCGUUCAACCUUACUGCCGAUAGACUUGCAUUCAUCGAUGGAGAUCAAGAUGUGUGGCUUGAUCUAUGUUACCACUCUAACUCCGCGCCUGCCCGAACGACAUCUUCUGACCUACAUCCCGAGCUUCUCAUCACAGGCGCGGGACAUCACUGGGACUCGGCCGGUAUCUUGGAUGUGGAGGCCGAACCUCAGUUUAUCCGAGAAGCCCAUCUAUGGGAAAUCAAGACGGUGAAGAAAUGGCUUCAAAGCUUUGGUGAAUGGAAGAAGUCAAAGUACUAAGCCAUGUUGAUGACCGAGUCCUGCAAGCUGGAGAGAGCAGAUGUGUUACCUAAUACAUAUUAUUACUAAUGAGUAGUGCUAGAGCAGUUAAUGAAAGAGACUCGACUCGGUCCUCAA